AUGUCCAUUCCUGAAACUCAAAAGGGUGUUAUCUUUUACGAAAACGGUGGUGAAUUGCAAUACAAGGACAUUCCAGUUCCAAAGCCAAAGGCCAACGAACUUUUGAUCAACGUCAAGUACUCCGGUGUCUGUCACACCGAUUUGCACGCAUGGAAGGGUGACUGGCCUUUGCCAACCAAAUUGCCAUUAGUUGGUGGUCACGAAGGUGCUGGUGUCGUUGUUGCUAUGGGUGAAAAUGUCAAGGGCUGGAACAUUGGUGACUUUGCUGGUAUCAAAUGGUUGAACGGUUCUUGUAUGUCCUGUGAAUACUGUGAAUUGUCCAAUGAAUCCAACUGUCCCGAUGCUGACUUGUCUGGUUACACCCACGAUGGUUCUUUCCAACAAUAUGCUACCGCUGAUGCCGUUCAAGCUGCUAGAAUUCCAAAGGGUACCGAUUUGGCUGAAGUUGCUCCAAUUCUAUGUGCCGGUGUUACCGUUUACAAGGCUCUAAAAUCUGCUGACUUGAAGGCCGGUGACUGGGUUGCCAUUUCCGGUGCCUGUGGUGGUCUAGGUUCUUUGGCUAUCCAAUACGCCAAGGCUAUGGGUUACAGAGUCUUGGGUAUUGAUACCGGUGCUGAAAAGGCUAAGUUGUUCAAGGAGCUAGGUGGUGAAUACUUCGUCGAUUAUGCCGUCUCUAAGGAUUUGAUUAAAGAAAUUGUUGACGCUACUAACGGUGGUGCCCACGGUGUCAUUAACGUCUCUGUCUCCGAAUUUGCUAUAGAACAAUCCACCAAUUACGUUAGAUCAAACGGUACCGUUGUAUUGGUCGGUCUACCAAGGGACGCCAAAUGUAAGUCUGAUGUCUUUACACAAGUUGUCAAAUCGGUCUCCAUUGUUGGUUCUUACGUCGGUAACAGAGCUGACACCAGAGAAGCUCUAGAUUUCUUCGCAAGAGGUUUAGUGCAUGCUCCAAUUAAGAUAGUCGGAUUAUCUGAAUUGGCAGAUGUUUAUGACAAGAUGGUCAAGGGUGAAAUCGUUGGUAGAUACGUUGUCGACACCUCAAAAUAA